AUGUCCGCAACAGCUGCGCGCCCCGACCCAUUCCGCCCCGCCAAGCGGGUAGCAGGACAGCGCCAGGAUGUCUGGUCAAUCGUGAACGAGGCUGCUGCUGCUUCGCCGGUGCAGCCCAUCGUGAACAUGGGACAAGGGUUCUUCGGUUACAACCCUCCCAAGUUCGCCAUUGACGCCGCAAAGGACGCGCUGGACCGCGUGGAAUGCAACCAAUACUCCCCCACCAAGGGCCGCCCCCGCCUCAGACAAGCUAUCGCAGAUGCGUACUCGCCCUUCUUCGGCAAGAAGCUGAACCCUGAAACCGAAGUCUCGAUCACAACCGGCGCAAAUGAAGGCAUGCUCAGUGCUUUCAUGGGCUUCAUUGAGCCCGGCGACGAAGUCAUCAUAUUUGAGCCCUUCUUCGACCAAUAUAUUAGCAACAUCGAGAUGCCCGGCGGUGCUAUCCGUUAUGUUCCACUUCACCCACCCCAGGAUGGUGCCACCCGAACCUCCCCUGCGUCUGAAUGGACCAUCAACUUCGAGGAGCUUGAGAAUGCGAUGAACCCCAAGACUAAGAUGAUUGUCUUGAACUCUCCCCACAACCCCGUUGGCAAGGUCUUCUCGCGGGAGGAACUCGAGCGCAUUGGUGAGUUGUGUGUGAAGUACAACCUGAUCAUCUUGUCCGAUGAGGUCUAUGACCGUCUGUUCUAUGUUCCCUUCACGCGAAUUGCUACCUUGUCUCCUGAGCUGUACGAGCGUACCCUGACCGUUGGCUCCGCCGGCAAGGCGUUCUACGCCACUGGUUGGCGUGUCGGAUAUCUCAUUGGCCCCGAGCACCUGAUCAAGUAUGUGGCCGGUGCUCACACCCGCAUCUGCUACAGCAGUGUCUCUCCUCUCCAAGAAGCUGCUGCUGUUGCGUUUGAGAAGGCUGAGGAGGAAGGCUUCUGGGACGAGAGCCGAACGGACAUGCAGAACAAGAUCAAGUUGUUCUGCGAGGUUUUUGAUGAGCUUGGUCUUCCGUACUCUGAUCCCGAGGGCGGGUACUUUGUCCUUGUCAACAUGGCCGCUGUCAAGCUUCCAGCAGACUAUCCCUUCCCACCCCACGUUGCCAGUCGUCCUCGCGACUUCAAGCUUUGCUGGUUCCUCAUCCACGAGGUCGGCGUUGCUGCCAUUCCUCCCACCGAGUUUUACACUGAUGACAACACCCACAUUGCUGAGGACUACCUCCGCUUUGCGGUCUGCAAAAACGACGAUGUCCUCGAGACUGCCAAGGAGCGCCUGCGGGGCUUGAAGAAGUACAUCACGCAAUAA